AUGAUUUCAAGAUCUUUAAUUAGUUUUGCAAAUAAAUCAUUAAGGUGUAGUAAUAGUAAUUCAAUUAUAAAAUGUUCAAAUAAUAUAAUAGUGAAUCAAACAAUUAUUAAAAAUAAUUAUAGUACUUCUUCAAAUAAUAAUAAUAACAAUAAUAAUAAUAAUAAUAAAAAUCUAAAUCCUUUAAAGAAUACUGAAGAAUUUAAAGGACAGACUUUAAAACAAAAAGAAGAAUAUAAUGAACUUACAGAAGCAUAUAAAUUUAGAAUGGUUGAAAGACCAGAUCUUCUCACAAUUAGUUCAUUCUUUAGAUAUCCAGAAGGUGGUGUUGAAGAUUAUACAAACCUUUCAAAAGGAACUGCAUUUUUAGCAAGAGCACCAUCAGGACUCUUAUCAAAACCAAAUAAUUCUUUAUAUUGUAUAAGUUGUGCACAUAUCACUCAUCCAUUUCAUUUUCCAAAUUUAUACAAAGAGGAUCAAUAUAGUUGGAUUUAUUCAUUAGGUGAAAAAAAUAUUAAAGUUCAAUUAGAAUAUAGAGAUCAAAAAACAGGUAAAUUACUUAAUAUUAUCCCAUUAAAACCACCAUUCCAUUUACAUCCAAUGUUAGAUCUUGUUGUUUUUAAAGUUGAUGAAGAUGAUUUCAAUAAAACCAAUUUACCAUAUCACACAACUAUUAUGGAAUUGGAACAUUAUGAAUUCCCAAAAGAAGGUCAUGAAGGUAAAUUAUAUGGAUAUCAAUUAAUAAGUGAAAGUGAAAAUAUUAUGAAACCAAUUGAAACACCAUACGUUUUCCACUUUGAUGAAUCACCAGAAAGAUUUUAUGUUUCAACUAGAAAUCCAUCACCAAUGGGUAUUUGUGGUGGUCCAGUUAUUAAUAUUGAGAAUGAAGUAAUUGGUAUGAUUGAAGGUUUAGCUAAAAUUGAUCAAUCCACUAUUUCAAAAACCACUGAUCCUGAAAAAAAACAAUUUUUCAACAAAAUUAAUUCUAAUACUGUUUUUAUUCCUUCUCAAGAAUUAAAUAGAUUUUUAAGUAAAAUUGAUAUGUCAUACGAUUCAAAUGGUAAUAAUAUUAAUUCAAUUGAUGUUGAAGGUUUUUUUAAUAAGUUAUAA